CACACAUACACACACACACACGCACACACGCGCGCACACACACACGGAGCCAUGCCGAAGAGAAAGGCUGAAGGAGAGACCAAGGGCGAUAAGGCCAAAGUUAAGGAUGAGCCACAGCGGAGAUCAGCGAGGUUAUCUGCUAAGCCAGCUCCUCCAAAGCCAGAGCCCAAACCUAAAAAAGCAGCUCCAAAGAAGAGCGAGAAGGCGCCCAAGGGGAAGAAGGGAAAAGCUGAUGCUGGCAAGGAGGGAAACAACCCCGCAGAAAAUGGAGAUGCCAAAACAGACCAGGCACAGAAAGCUGAAGGUGCUGCUGAAGCCAAGUAAAACGUGUGAAUUUUUGAUAACUGUGUACUUCUGGUGACUGUACAGUUUGAAAUACUAUUUUUUAUCAAGUUUUAUAACAAUGCAGAAUUUUGGUUUACUUUUUUUUAAGCUAUGUUGUUAGCACACAGACUGCUUCAUUGUCGUGUUCUGGGGGGGUGGGGGGCAAUGGGGACAAAUGUCAUUUAGUCUAUUUCUCAAAACCUAAAUUUUAAUAAGAAAAGCUUUUGCCAGUCCCCCAGUUUUUGGAAGAAGGGAUUCCCCCGUGCUGACCAAGUGAACAUCAAAGCUCCCAAGGUGCUGUUGCCUGCUCCAGAUCCCAAUGCCAUCAGUUCUCCUUUGGUGUCCCCCUGUUCACCCAGAGCCCGUCACUCCCAGCCACAGCAGAACUGGCAUUUUGGGACGUACCACGCUCAGAUGCUCCGGAUUUCUGGUGUCCAAUCCGGGAUAUACUGGCUCAAAAAGGAGCUGCACUUCCUCUUUUCUACUGUGGAUCCUCAGAUAUAGAAACCUGCCUGUAGAUUUUCUUUUCCUCUCAAAGUCAGGGUGGGUUUGUGCAGUUGUCAGACAACGUGCAGAUGUGAACGUGUCCACCCUCACUCUAAACUUUGCCCUCUACAAGUGUGAGCCGAGGAUUCUUACGGUUUUUAGCAACUUCUCCAUUUCAGUAGUCCACAAAGGGAGGGGAGUUUGACAGUUGUUGUAAAAUGUUGCAGAUUGUAGCCCAUGUCCUGCCUAAAAUUACCAUGAUUGUUCAUGAAAAGUACCUUUAAUAAAGCUGGAUACGGUUUGGCUUGGACUGUUCUUAA